ACACACUCGCGCUCAGUUGACCGAGCGCGCAACAUCGCGCUGUGAACUCCAAACAUCUGUCAAAAAUUUUCGACUUCUUCCGCGUUGUGUGGUGUGUGCUUGGUGUGUGUUUGGAAACAUUGUUUCCUGUUGUAUCGUGGUUUUAACUGUGUUGUGGAAGUAAAACAGUUCAACUUUUGCGAUUUCCCGGUUCGAAAACUUUACCAACAACAACAAAUAUCAGCAAGUAAACAAUUGUUCGGCAGCCUUUUUUUCAUUGCGCAACAAAAACAACAACGUGCGCCGUGUCUGGUCCUGUUUGUUGCUCCAGCCAGCGCUCUCCGUACAUCGAUACUUGAUUUUAUGCUCGAUGCAUAGCAUAAAACAAUAGCAACCACACAUUUGUUUAGCCGACCGAUGGUGGCUCGGUCUCGUACGUUAAACAACGUCACUCGAACGAUUGCUGCUGCUGCGCCUUGUGAGCUCGCGCGUCUCCGUCUGGAUUCGGGUGCAUGCAAUCGAUAAUACGACACACAGCCAUCAGACUGCGUUUGUGCCAAAACUCAACAGCUGGCCGUGUGGCUGUACGGCUACGUCGCACAGUAUAGGGGAAAAAGUGGAACGGAAAACCACAGGAAGGCUCCGGAUGGAUAAUUAGUUGCGCCAGUAUUCGGUCAGCAUCUGCGCCUGUUAUAGUACAACAACAACUCAUCCUCUUCUAUCGUGCAAAUAUAAUUGUUGUGCCUUUUUGGUGUCCGCGACGGUAACCGCAUACGACGAACGGGAAGUAGGGGCCGCCACUACAGGCAAAGUGUCCUUCGCUUUCCGCGUAACAACGGUAAUAUACGGUAGAGUUUGUGGCAGGUGUUGUUUGUGCUCAGCAACCAAUUAAAGUGGUGCCCGUGGUUACACAUCGUUGCUAGUCCCCCUCCCUAUAGCAACGGAUUUCCAGCCGCAGCAACCAACAACAACGAUCGCAAAGCAACCAAGGGCAACAUAGAGUACAGUGUCCCCCAUACUGCAGCAUACGAAACAUACACACCCACCGGAUUGGAACAACAGUCUGUGACGGAGUGUGUGAAAACAGACAGACAGCAGAGUGAGCCAGCCAGCCAGCCAGAAAGUUACCAAAAGUCACCAACACACAACUUUUUCCCAGCAUGGCGUCCGGAUCCGUAUCCGUUUCCACAGGAACAAAAACCACCAACAAAACGGGCAUGACCGGUACCGGAACGACGGGCGUUACAACCGGUGGUGGUGGUGGUGGUGCUGGUGGACGCAAAAAAUCCGGCCCCAAAUUUGAACUGUCCGACGAACAGCGGCAGGACAUCAAGGAAGCGUUCGAUCUGUUCGAUUCCGAGGGUACCGGUAUGAUCGACACGAAGGAACUGAAGGUAGCGAUCCGUGCGCUCGGAUUCGAACCGAAAAAGGAGGAGAUCAAGAAGAUGAUUGCCGAAAUCGAUAAGGACGGUUCGGGAAAGAUUUCGUUCGACGACUUUCUGCAGCUGAUGACGGUGAAGAUGGCGGAGAAGGAUUCGAAGGAGGAGAUACUGAAGGCGUUCCGGUUGUUUGACGAUGACGAGACGGGUACGAUCUCGUUCAAGAAUCUGAAACGAGUCGCGAAAGAAUUGGGCGAAAAUCUGACGGACGAGGAGCUGCAGGAAAUGAUCGACGAGGCGGAUCGGGAUGGCGAUGGGGAGGUUAAUCAGGAAGAGUUUUUGCGUAUUAUGAAGAAAACUAGUCUGUACUAAAGGGGAAAGCGAAAGAGGGAUCACGGUUAAGGAUACUAAUCUAAUCGAAUGCAUUUAUUUUCUGAUUGCCAGCCAGGGUUUCUCUGAUAUCGUAACGUACAGGAUAAGGACAAUUAAAAGAAACUGAGCCAAAAAACGGGGGGAAAUAGCUACUCCAACACACUGAAACUAUCGGCAGGAGAAAGGUUUAAAGAGCCGCCAAAAGAAAUGAUUUGAAUUUAUCAACGAAUUAGAAAAGCUCGAAGCAACACAGCUGAAACUAGGAAUCUUCCACAGUAAUCUCCUUCACCAUUCCAUCACACCAAAAGUGAGCAAAACAUUUAAACAAACAAGCCUUUAACUGCAUUUGAGAGAGAGACCCCAUGGCACUAGGGAAAACGGGCGAAAUUUUCCAACCUAUCUCUCAACACACAUUUCUCGUUUUUUUUUCCCGCGGAUUCUUAUUCCUCUUAAAGAGGGCAUUCUUAAAGCUAUUACCAGUUAUUAACGGAGCGCAUAAAAGUAGCUAUUGAUAAGGAGAGCACACACAAAAAAAGGCGAAUGAUCGCACAUUUUUAACCCUGAUGACAACCAAUGUGUUAUUGAUAAUCUAUUAAUGAUGUAGGUACGUUCAGCGUAGCAAACGCUCGUUCGCUCGGUUCUAGUGCAACUCGACCCGCACGCACACACACACUGGCUCUCGGCACAAAGCAUAGUCCGGUUCGGUGAUGCAAGCAAGCUGAUUUGAAUUUCCCACCUAAUGCGUCUUUUCCCUCCACGGCACACUUUACUUAGUAGAGAAGCGCAGCACAACGAAAGCGUGCUUGUUUUAAUCAGUAGACAAAGAAUUUGAAUGCAUCAUCGUGAAACGGUUCGCUCAGGAAGGAACACACACA